UUUAUUUAACAUCAAACUAUGAAGAAUUCCAAGAAGUAUUGCUUUGUUAGCUAUGAUGUCAUUUUAAAUAAAGAAAAAACUUCUAAGUUCUAAAAAGUAACUAGGAUUUAAAAUGGUGAAUUGGCGACUUAUCGCUGCCUUGGCUCUUCCCAAUGUGGGAGGGUGGUUGGGAGCACUGAGCAUGGCCGGUCAGGUCAGGUCCCCAACAGGCAAGGCCUGGUAUGACGAUCUGAACAAACCCUCAUGGAAUCCACCAAAAUGGGUAUUUGGACCGGCCUGGACUGCGCUAUACACUGGCAUGGGGUAUGCUUCUUACAUGGUGUAUGAAGACUGUGGUGGUUUUACAGAGGACUCGCUCAUUCCUUUGAGUCUGUUUGGCACACAGCUUAUCUUCAACUGGACGUGGUCGCCUGUUUUCUUCAAAUAUCAUCAAAUUGGAUUGGCCUUAAUCCACAUGUUUGCUCUCGACAUAGCCGCGGGGGCUUGUACUAUUAGUUUCUUCAAAGUUAACAAGAAGACGCUAUAUCUCAUGGCUCCAUAUCUCUGUUGGCUGACGUUCGCCACCUGUUUGAACUAUACCAUUUGGAAAUUAAAUUCAAACGAACCGCAAACUGUUAAGAAAGAUUGACUUUGACAUUUUUAAGAGUAACUUUUAUUAGUGGUUGCAGGAAUGGUAAAUAGUUAAAAAAAUAUAUAUUUUUAGAAUCAUGUUAAAUAACAUGUUACAGUACUUAAUGUUUCGUUAUUUGAAUCUUAUCUAAAAUUUAAAUAUAAAAAAUUGAAAUCUGUUAUUGAUUUUGAGAUUUUGCGAAACUAAUACAAGGCAAUUUCUUCUUUAUUUUCAUAAAGAGAUUAGUUUCAAAUUCUCAAAGGAAUUAAAUUAAAAUAGUUUGUGUAAUUGAUUUUGUAACAUCAUAGAAUAAAGUAGGAUGCUACUAAUUUAAAUAUAUGAAAAAAAUAUAUGUUCACCAUUUCUGCAAGUAUUUAGCUAUUUUUAUGAUUUAGUGUUGAGUACAAAAUGUUGGUGAUGUAACAUGUGUUUUUAAAUAACAAUUAUGUUGUACAAUAUUUUACAAUACCUCAAAAGAUAAUAUACUUAUAGCACAAUAAAAUGGUUUUAACUAAGACUGAUUUCAAUGUAAGAUAACAUUUAUAACAAGUUUUUUUUAUGUAUUAUAAUAUUUAAGCAGUUUUAUAUUCAAUAUAUUUUUAAACUUGUUAGUGUGCCUUACCAUAAAAACUGCCAAAUAUUGCAAUUUAGUAGAUAAGUAAGAAGAUUUUUAUUGAUGUUCAUUAUAUAAAUGUUUACCAAUUAUAAACCAAAUAAAUAUACAUAUUUACUCUUAA